UCCCAUUGCCCCGCCCCGCGCGGCCCUUGCACUCGCGCGCCGAACGCACCCCUCAUGUGGCUUGGAGCCCGUUCCGCUGCGCUUUCUUCGCUCGUGCGCGCCCCCCGGCCAUCUCCGGCCUCCGCCAUGAGAACCGGCACCUUCGCCGUGUCACAGCCCCUCAAUUACCGCGGUGGGGCCCGCGUGGAGCCGGCGGACGUCUCCGUCACCGAGCAGGCGUUCGAGCCAGCCACGGGCCGAGUGAUAGCCACUUUUGCAUGGUCAGGAGAAAAGGAAAUCAAUUUGGCUGUUCAGAAUGCAAAGGCUGCAUUUAAAAUAUGGAGUAAAAAAUCUGGCAUGGAGCGUUGCCGAAUCCUUCUGGAAGCUGCCAGGAUAAUGAGGGAGCGGAAGGAUGAAAUUGCUACCAUGGAGACCAUCAACAAUGGCAAGUCCAUCUUCGAGGCCCGCUGGGACAUCGACACUUCCUGGCAGUGCCUGGAGUACUUCGCAGGCUUGGCAGCGUCCAUGAGUGGUGAGCAUAUCCAGCUUCCUGGUGGAUCCUUUGGCUACACCCGCAGGGAGCCCCUUGGGGUGUGUGUGGGGAUCGGAGCCUGGAACUACCCCUUCCAGAUUGCCAGCUGGAAGUCAGCCCCGGCUCUGGCCUGUGGCAACGCCAUGGUCUUCAAGCCUUCCCCCUUCACACCUGUUUCUGCUGUGCUCCUGGCCGAGAUCUACGCCCAGGCAGGGGUGCCUCCUGGGCUCUUCAAUGUGGUGCAAGGCGGUGCGGCCACCGGCCAGUUUCUGUGUCAGCAUCCCGACGUGGCCAAAGUCUCCUUCACUGGAAGUGUGCCCACUGGCAUGAAGAUCAUGGAGUUGUCAGCGAAAGGAGUCAAACCUGUGACGCUGGAACUUGGGGGCAAAUCUCCACUCAUCAUCUUCUCAGACUGUGACAUGGAGAAUGCCGUGAAGGGGGCGCUGAUGGCCAACUUCCUCACGCAGGGCCAGGUUUGCUGUAACGGCACGAGAGUGUUUGUGCAAAAGGAAAUUCUUGAUAAAUUCACCAAAGAAGUAGUGAAACAGACCCAGAAGAUAAAAAUCGGAGAUCCUCUCCUGGAGGAUACAAGAAUGGGCCCGCUCAUCAACCGGCUGCACCUCGAGCGGGUCCUGGGCUUCGUCAGGUCAGCAAAGGAGCAGGGUGCUAAAGUGUUAUGUGGUGGAGACCCGUAUACACCUGAGGAUCCCAAAUUAAAAGAUGGAUACUACAUGAGACCAUGUGUAUUAACUGAUUGCAGAGAUGACAUGACCUGUGUGAAGGAAGAGAUCUUUGGACCUGUCAUGGCCAUUUUACCAUUUGAUACUGAAGCCGAGGUUCUGGAACGAGCCAACAAUACCUCGUUUGGACUUGCAGCUGGUGUCUUUACCAGGGACAUCCAGCGGGCUCACAGAGUGGUGGCUGAGCUUCAGGCGGGAACGUGCUACAUUAACAACUACAAUGUCAGCCCGGUGGAGCUGCCCUUUGGUGGCUAUAAGAAGUCAGGAUUCGGCAGAGAGAAUGGCCGUGUGACAAUUGAGUAUUACUCACAAUUGAAGACUGUGUGCGUGGAGAUGGGUGAUGUGGAGUCUGUUUUUUGAAGCCAGGCUGUGCGAUAAGGAGAGGCUCUCUUGACCAAGCAGGAUAACUGAGGAUCAUUUCCAAGCCAGAUUUUGGUCAUUGAGAUUUAAAAAGUGGUUUGAUAGUGUUCUUCAUCUUUCUGUCACCAUCUUACCUGAAGAUGUGCCUAAGUACCUUUCAAACAGUAACCAAGGCAUUUGUGAGUUGUGAUUUUCCUGACAUCAGAUUUCCAUGUAAGCUUUAACAGUUAACAACACACUUCCAGAGAACAGAUAGAGUUUAACAGGUAGAGCAUAACCAGGAUCAUACUUUAUCCACACAGCUGGCCAAGUGACAGUGUUAAUUCUCUAGGUAAGGAACUUUUUCCUUCGUAGUUUUCUAGAAGAAUCAGUAGAGAUGAUUUCUACUCAUUGACUUUUUUUCUCUUAUUUUUCCUUUGAGAAGGCUGAUGACUGGGAUAGAGAAGGGAUUAGGCAAUUGACAGGAUCAGAUUCUGCAUGGUCUGAACUUGCUGCAGUGAGCACUCUGAUCCCAUUCCACUGCGAUGGAGGAAACGUACCAGUGUUGGAACUGCAGUUUGCCGUCUUACAGUGCCUGUUAAAUGCAUGUACAAAUCAUUUGUAUGCUAAUUAGUAUAGUGAAAAUAAAAUUAUGUUAUUAAUCCU